CUUCUGAGCUGCAAAGUGAGAACUGUUUGUGUUUCUCCCAUAUUUACUGUAAGCUGACCAGCUUCUUUGGUGAUGAGCUUGAUGCCAGUCCUGUCGGUGAAAAUCAUGACGAACAACAUGUUACUGAGCCUCCUCUUUGUUGCAGGCGCCUUGUCUGAUUGUCCCCCUGUCGCCCUCUUCAUCACUGUACCAACAAACAUGGAAGCACUGAGUGGAUCUUGUUUGCAAAUCCCCUGUAACUUUAGAGCUAGAUCAGGAAAAGAACAGUUUGACAGCCGGAGAACUAUGUUUGGAGUCUGGAUUAAAAGUCAUCCCAUCUUUCACAGAAAACCAGAGAAUGUGAUUUUCAACAGUAGUGGGUCAGUUAACACCUAUCCAAUGGAAAUUACUGGAAACCUGAGCCAGGGAGACUGCACCACUGUGUUCUCUAAUUUAACCACCACUUAUACAGAGAAAUACUUCCUCAGAAUUGAGAACGGGCCAUUUAAGGCAACAGCUGAAUGUGAUCCUCUUUUCAUAACAGUUAAAGAUUCUCCGUGGAGUCCCAGAAUUGACAUCUCAGGUGAACUGAAGGAGAAGGAGUCUGUCACUAUCAGCUGCUCAGCUUUCACUCCCUGUCCACACUCCCCUCCUCAACUCACCUGGAAUCUCCAACAAGACUCCCACAACCAAAUAGAGGAAAACACAGACGGAACCUUUACAAAUAAAAUCCAGCAGAGCAUCACUCUGUCAGACACACAUGAUGGAUACAACAUCAGCUGCUCUGCCACAUAUCCUGUGGAUGAAGGAAAACAGGGAAAGACAGCAGAGACACAAGAGACUCUCCAUGUUUCAUAUGCCCCCAAAGAAACGUCAGCAUCCAUCAGUCCAUCAGGUUUGGUGUCAGCAGGUAGCUGGGUGAACCUGACCUGCUCCAGCAGAGCCAAUCCUCCUCUCAUCAACUUCACCUGGUUCAUAAAAACCACAGACGGAUCCAUGGAAGUAGCCAAAGGAAACUUUUAUAGGUUUAAUGUCACUGGUGAUGAACAGUCCGGGACACUGGUUGGCAUCCAAGUCAUAGUGAAGACAUUGGGAAUCUUAUUGCUGGUCAACACACUGAUCCUCUUUGAGUGGUGA